CAAACACGUUUCGACGAUUUCCCGCUGGAUGAGCGCUUGCUGGCCUCUAUCCGGGAAACCGGUUUUGAAUUCUGCUCGCGCAUUCAGGCGGAAACCUUGCCGUUGGCGCUAGCGGGGCAGGAUAUUGCAGGUCAAGCACAAACCGGCACGGGUAAAACCGGGGCAUUUCUGGUAGCUGUUUUCCAGCAUUUAUUGAAAAAUCCGCUGCCUGAUGCUGGAGCAGGUACAGUGCGUUGCAUGAUUCUUGCGCCAACGCGUGAGCUGGCAAUCCAGAUCGCGCGUGACGCUGAAGAAUUGGGUAAGCAUACGGGUUUGCGUUCAGUGCUGGUAUACGGUGGAGCCGGUUACGACAAGCAGCGCCGUCAGUUUGAAGAGCCUGUGGAUGUGCUGAUCGGUACGCCGGGUCGGGUGAUUGAUUACUGGAAACAGCACGUUUUCACCCUCAAAUAUGCUCAAGCCUUGGUCAUGGAUGAAGCCGAUCGCAUGUUUGAUAUGGGCUUUAUUCAAGAUGUGCGUUUCUUGAUGCACAAAAUGCCACCGCCAGCGAAACGUUUGAACAUGCUAUUUUCCGCUACGUUGUCACAACGGGUGUUGGAGUUGGCCUACGAGCACAUGAAUAAUCCGCAGCAAAUCAAGAUCGAAGCGGAAUCCGUGCGGGCUGAUAAUAUUGCUGAGCAUGUGUAUUUUCCGGCGAAUGAGGAAAAAAUUCCGUUACUGAUUGGUUUGAUUCGUAAGCUUCAGCCGUUUCGCGCCAUUGUGUUUGUUAACACCAAACAUAUUGCGGAGAAAAUCGAUGAUUUCUUGCGAGCCAAUGGUAUUACGUCUGACCUGAUUUCCGGGGAUGUGCGUCAAAAUAAACGCGAAAAGUUGCUGCAAGCCUUUGAGGCCGGUGACUUUCAGGUGAUGAUUGCCACCGAUGUGGCGGCGCGUGGUUUGCACAUCCCGGAUGUGUCGCAUGUGUUCAACUUUGAUUUGCCGCAAUUAGCGGAGGAUUACGUGCAUCGCAUCGGGCGUACCGCACGGGCGGGGGCUUCUGGUGAGGCACACAGCUUUGCGUGUGAGGAUACGGCGUUCUACUUGCCCGAUAUUGAGGCAUUCACGGGGAAGUCCAUUCCGGUGGAAAGAAUGACGGCGGAGUUGCUUCCUGCUGAACUCCAGCGCCCUCAACGUACC